GGGGAGCGGCAUGAAGGACGUGCGCUUGGCCCAAUGAGCUCCUUUCAUCGGGAGAAGGCAGCACGAUCAUUAGUAAUUAUCAGUACUUUGGAUGGGCGAGUUGCUGCACUGGAUCCGGAAAAUAGUGGCAAAAAGCAAUGGGACUUGGAUGUGGGAUCUGGCUCACUUGUAUCAUCCAGCCUUAGUAAGCCAGAGGUGUUUGGGAAUAAGAUGAUCAUUCCUUCCUUGGAUGGGGACCUUUUCCAGUGGGAUCGUGAUCGAGAGAGCAUGGAAGCAGUUCCUUUCACAGUUGAAUCUCUUCUUGAGUCAUCCUACAAAUUUGGAGAGGAUGUUGUUUUAGUUGGGGGGAAAUCCUUAACAACAUAUGGGCUGAGCUCCUAUUCAGGGAAGGUGAAGUACAUAUGUUCGUCUGUGGGCUGUCGCCGCUGGGAUGAAGAUGAGACGGACCAAGAAGAUACUCUUCUUCUGCAUCGAACACAGAAAACAGUCCGUGCUGUUGGGCCACGUAGCGGCAAUGAGAAGUGGAAUUUUAGUGUUGGUCACUUUGAACUGCGCUAUGUCCCAGACAUCGAAUCUAGAGUGGGAUAUAUUGAGAGCAAUUUUAAAUCAAGUAUAAACAAAGAAGAGACUAAAAUCAUUUCGGAUGUGGAGGAGCAGGAGGCUGUGAUGAAGGAUACAGUGAUAAAGGUCUCAGUAGCCGACUGGAAGGUUAUGGCUUUUAAUAAACAGGGAGGACAUCUGGAAUGGGAAUACCAGUUUUGCACUCCAAUUGCUUCGGCAUGGCUGGUUAAAGAUGGCAAGGUUGUUCCAAUCAGUCUCUUUGAUGAUACAAGUUACAGCUCUGACAGUGAGAUCCUAGAAGAUGAAGAGGAUCUUGUGGAAGCUGCCAGGGGAGCCACAGAAUCUAGUGUCUAUUUAGGAAUGUAUAGAGGCCAGCUGUACCUUCAGUCCUCAGUCAGAAUUUCUGAAAAGUUCCCAACCAACCCAAAGGCUCUGGAAUCCAGGAACGACAAUGCAAUUAUCCCUCUGCCCAAAAUUAAGUGGAAGCCUCUAAUUCAUUCUCCCUCCAGGACUCCUGUAUUGGUGGGGUCUGAUGAAUUUGAUAAAUGUCUCAGCAACGACAAAUAUUCUCAUGAAGAGUACAGUAACGGAGCACUUUCGGUUCUACAGUAUCCAUAUGAGAGGAACAAACGAAGCACUCAGAUCACUAUUAGGUUUUUUGACAAUAUGAACUACAAGAAUAUCCGUAAGAAAGAUCCUGUUCUACUUCUGCAUUGGUGGAAAGAAAUAAUUGGCACCAUUUUAUUCUGCAUUGUGACCACAACUUUCAUUGUGCGCAGACUCUUCCAUCCCCAUCCUCAUAGCAGACAGCGGAAGGAAUCAGAAACACAAUGUCAGACUGAUAAUAAAUAUGAGUCGAUCGGUGGUGAGAGUAAAGAUAACAGCUGGAGUGACAUUAAGAACUCAGGAUAUGUGUCAAGAUAUCUAACAGAUUUUGAACCAAUUCAGUGUCUGGGUCGUGGAGGAUUUGGAGUAGUCUUUGAAGCCAGAAACAAAGUAGAUGACUGUAACUAUGCUAUCAAAAGGAUCCGUCUACCUAACAGGGAGUUGGCUCGUGAGAAGGUGAUGCGUGAAGUUAAAGCAUUGGCUAAACUCGAGCACCCGGGAAUUGUUCGAUAUUUUAAUGCAUGGCUAGAGGCACCACCUGAGCGAUGGCAGGAAAAGAUGGAUGAACUCUGGCUAAAAGAUGAUGGUACUGACUGGCUACUUAGUUCUCCCAGUCCAAUGGAUGGGCCAUCAUUUAAAAUAAGAACAGAGCCAUUCACUUCCAAGGAACACGUUGAAGUUAUUACUGCUUCGUCCCAGAGAGUUCAGUCUUUCUCUGUUGGGAUUGCUUGUGGCCAGUCUGAUUCAUCCGGGAGCCAGUUCUCUCCACUGGAGUUCUCUGCUGCUGAUAACAGAGACUUUCACAAGUCAGGAGAUCCAAUGUUAAACCUGCAGGACAGCGUACUUACAGACUGUGAUGUAGAGGACAGUAUUGAUGAGAACGACCCAGGCCAUUCCUUUGAACUUUGUCCUCCAACCAUGGCCACUGUAUGCCUGAGAGAGAGGACCUCUUCCUCCAUUGUGUUUGAGGAUUCUGGCUGUGAUAAUGCUUCUGCUAAGGAAGAUAACAAAAUUGAUACUUCCCAUGAUGACAGCCUCUCUGAGGAAAAAGCAACAAAUACAAAAGAUACUGAUAACAGGAAAUCUCCUUCACAAAGUUCUCUGUCCAUUUCUCCACCAAGACCGACAAGUUUAAGCCUGGACCUUUCUAAAAACACUGCAAAAAAUGUCAAACCCUCCUCACCAAAAGUGUAUCUGUACAUCCAGAUGCAGCUCUGCAGGAAGGAGAACCUCAAGGACUGGAUGAGCAGAAGAUGCUCCAUAGAAGAGAGGGAAAGGACAGAGUGUCUGCAGAUAUUCCUGCAGAUAGCUGAGGCAGUUCAGUUUCUCCAUAAUAAAGGAUUAAUGCACAGGGACCUCAAGCCUUCCAAUAUAUUUUUCACAAUGGAUGACAUAGUGAAAAUUGGGGACUUUGGACUGGUGACUGCCAUGGACCAAGAUGAGGAGGAAGAAUCUGUUCUUACACCAAUGCCAGCCUAUGCCAGGCAUACAGGACAAGUGGGGACCAAACUUUACAUGAGCCCAGAACAGAUUUAUGGGAACACAUAUUCACACAAAGUGGAUAUCUUCUCUUUGGGACUGAUUCUCUUUGAGCUGCUUUACCCCUUCAGUACUCAGAUGGAAAGGAUCAAGACAUUAAGUGAAGUAAGAAGCUUGAAGUUUCCACUGUUGUUUACUCAGAAAUGUUCACAGGAGUACGCUAUGGUGAAGCAUAUGCUUUCGACAAACCCGAUCGAAAGACCAGAAGCUGAAGACAUCAUAGAAAACCCUGUGUUUGAAGACUUAGAACUCCCAACAAAAACAGUGCUUAGGCAGAGGUCACGGACAAUGAGUUCAUCUGGAAAUAAGCAUUCAAGACAGCCAAGCAAAUGAUUCUGCUUACUCAAAAGAUUUCUGAGGGAUAAUUCAGCAGGUGGAUCCUACGUCACAGAAGAUUGAUCUCGGAAACAGUUAUGCUUCAACUUUGAUUUUGCUCUUAGUUUUGUAAGAAACAAUCCAAUCGGAGUUCAGUUAAUCUUGUUUGCUCUUGUUUGGUGACUCAAUGAAAGCCAGUUACUAAUCUUUUUCACAUUCCCAUCUUUGUUAUACCUAAGCCCACAAGGAUGAAUCGGUCCAGCGCACUGCCUGCCCUCUACGUUGUUGACCUUAUUUGUGUUUGGAUCCUGUAAAUAUCAGCUCUCUGGGGAACGGAAGAGAUCUUUAAGAUGUAAAUAGAAUUAAAAUACUGUAUUUUUAUAAAACAAAUUACAGUCUCUAAGCCUGGUGAAUACGUGUCCUAAAUGCUGAGAUCUUGAAACAGACUAUGAAAAUCCAUGACUCCAUUUCUUCUUGUUGGGGGGUAAGUUGGGAAUCUCCACUAUUUUCAAAGCAAAAUACCAUGGCUGUAUAUACUAUCACCAUCCAUAGCCAGUCCUUAGAGGAUCCUGUGGUUUAUAUUUUCACACCACAGUAGAUUUUAGUGAAUGCAUUUUGUACUGAUAAGCCUAUAAGGGGUUGGGGGAGGAGCAUUUUGCCAUAAAAAUUGGUCAUAGGUACUGGUUUGAAGAGCCAUAGUAAGACAUAAGCAUAUAUCAAAAAGUUGUGAUUCUGGAAUUUCUAAGACAAAUGAAGUCAUAAAUGUCUUAUGUAAUCUUGUAGAUUUGUACUUUUUUAAAAAUCAACUGUAGACAUUUGUGUAAUCUGCUAAUUUAACUGCUUAAUACCAUGCUUUUUCUCACUGUAAAUAUGUUCAUUUUUAUUUAUAAAAUGCAGAGUCAAUCCAUAUGGGUUGGAGGUGUACAGAAUGCACUUACUAUG